AUGUCCCCGAAACCUUCGAAAAGUAAAUUGGCCAUGGGCGACUGCUGUUCCGAAGCGGCAGACUCUCGACUGGGUCCGAUCAGCAACGACGACCUGCUGACGAAUCUGCAUCUCUCCGAAGUGAUCCACUCGCAUCGGCAGCAAUGCAAUUCGUUGGCGAGCAAAUACGGCGAGCUCAUCGUGCUCGGUUACAACGGAAGCUUGCACGAAAACGAGAAGGGUCGUCGACGGAGCAAGUAUAUUCUCAGUCGGCGCGCCCUUGCGAACGGCAUUCGAAAAUCUCGGCAUGUCAGUGUCGCCGAUCCGGCGGCGUCGGCGGCCGUCCUCGACCAGAAUCAGCAUUCGAUAGCCUACACGCUGUCGCGACACCAGUCGAUUAUCGUGUUGUACGAGAAAGACCCCCACACGGAUAUGUUUCAGAUCGGGCGGAGCAAAGAGAGCCAAAUCGACUUCGUCGUGAUGGACACAAUCGCCGAGGAACAGAAAAACGGCGAAUUCCGCUCGGGCAUCUCUCGCUACGCCUGUAGACUGCUCAUAGACCGCGACGGUGAGGAACACGCGGCCCGGAUAUUCGCCGCGGGCUUCGACGCCUCUUCAAAUAUAUUCCUCGGAGAGAACGCCAGCGCAUGGCAAGGCGCCGGAGGAACGAUCGACGGCCUGACCACGAACGGCAUUCUUCUUAUGCAUCCGAUGGGAACGUUCUGCAAAGACGCGAGCGCAGGCAUCUGGCGUGAAGUCAGUGUCGACGGCGGAGUUUACGGACUUCGUGAGAGUCGCGCUGCUAGAAGGGCUGGUCCCCGAAUCGAAGACGAGACCAAUGAACUCAAAGACGGUUCACUCAUCGAUCUUUGUGGAGCAACUUUACUGUUCCGCUCGGUGGAAGGCCUUUCAAACUCGCCGACCAAAUCUGAACUUCUGGAAAAAGUCGCAAAACUCAACGCCGGUCGACCGCAGUGUCCGGUCGGUCUGAACACGCUGGUGGUGCCUUCGAGAUCGACGUUGUCGCACAAGGAUCGCGAGAAACAGCCGUACGUUUAUCUAAAGUGUGGCCACGUCCAAGGCCUGCAUAGCUGGGGUUCUCAGAACAGCAACGAGAAAAAGUGUCCCAUGUGUCUCAAGUGCGGGCCUGUCGUCAAGCUGGUUAUGGGGAUCGAGCCAGCGUUCUAUGUCGACAGGGGUCAUCCGAACUACGCAUUCAAUCCAUGUGGUCAUAUGGCCUCUGAGAAGACUGUCAAAUACUGGGCCUCUGUGCCCACGCCCCACGGAACCAAUGGCUUGAAUGCCAUAUGUCCUUUCUGCGCGGCUCAGCUCACCGACACCCCGGGCUACGUUCGACUGAUCUUCCAAGACAAUAUCGAUUGA